AUGACCUUCUUCGUUAAAGGUGAUAAACAAAAGGAUGGGGUACUCCUACAAACCCUGAAAAGCAGCUGCCUACUAAACGGCGAGUCGCAGAGGUCACGUGAUAGUGAACAGUGUCGCUCCCCUCAUAGCUGGGACUUGGAGAUUCGUGACGAGAAGAACCGGAGGUAAGGUUGCAGUUAAUCGUAUUAUGUCGAUAUAUCCUGCUUUUCUCUGUUUUCGAAACUCAGUAAGACAUUUUCCUGAUUUUGAAUUGUCUUAAGUGAUUGGAAAUUUGCAAGCUUGGGCAGGUUUACUCACAUUAGUUAAAUGUUUAUUGGACUGGUGAUACCGAAAAGUAGUACAGCUUUACUUAUUCAAGUGCCGUUAAAAGCCUCUAAUGCAGCCUUGAACUCUUUUGUCCAUCGAUAAAUAUUUCAAAUCUAUUUCUUCAUCGAAAACCUUUCGAAUAUUCUCUGUAUCAGCGUGUUCUUAGGUCGUAUUCUGCAAUCGCGGUGGUUUACUUAACAUUUGAAAAGGAUUCAUUUUCCACUGACAAUUCGCUAGAGCACAAAGUUAAAGUUCGUUUUGACAGUCAAUACUAUUUAGCUAAUUGCAAACUUGUAGUUGUUUUCAACCGUUAAAUGCUUACGAGGAUUGUGUUUAAAUUUAGAAAACUACACUAGAACUGUAAGUUUUAUGCCCAACUUGGGCAUAUGUUUGGGUUUCAUUAUAGGGAGAUGAUGCUCACAUUUUGAGGACUAACGAAAAUGACAAAAAUUUCAUUUGAAGCGAUAUCUUUGAUAUCCUUAUUUUGAACAAACUGAAUCGAAAUUUCUCGGAUUUAGUGAGCUUAUCGGAUUUGCAGAUCUAGUGGACCCAACUACUAAACCCUUGUGAGGUAAAAUUCCAUGACUGGUUUCCAAAGUAAUAGAGUAUGCAGGUGUUUUUUAAUGUAUUUUCACAGCAUGGUAUAAGAUGAAGUUUUUCUCGAAUCAAAUAGCUGCGUCCUCUUUUUGUUAUUUAAACUUUCAAUUGCCUUGUGGGUUAGAAUUUUCUUUUUCCAAAAGUGUCAUUAACUUAAUGGGAACAUUCUCUGGUUUUACUGCCAUAAAUAAUUAAUCGUUGCUUCCUAACUUUUGCAAUUUGCAUACAGUUUUCACCAAAAUCCAAUGAAAAUUAUACAAAAAACACUGAAAUUUCAAAUAUUGUAGAAAAGAGAGCAAACUUUAUACAAAUGGUUAUGGAUUUGGCACAUCUGCUUACUAAAGCUGGUCCUCACUGCCUCACCCUAUAUUUUUCAAAAUGAUGUCAUUGCUAUAAACAAUUAUUAAGAUUCUUAUUUGAAGCUGAAUUAUAUCAAAUUUUGAUUGGUUCUUACUCAUAUUUUUGGGAGAACAGAUGUGUAGAUGAUACCACUAUCAACAAAAUCUUUUCUUCUUUAUUAUGUAAAACAAGUAGAUUUCAUGUUGCCUUGGGUUUGUUUAACAGAAGGUUGCAGAAGGCAUCAAAAUGUGGAAACAUCAUCAGUGGCACACUUGGCUGUCCAUCUUAUGCCACUUUUUUGUUCUUAUCAAUUUUGAUGUUGUCUGUGAUCCACUAAAGAACAGACACAGCAUCAUGGAAUCCAUUUGAUAACUAUGACCGUCUUAUUUUUCAGCCACAAUGUAAAUUUUGCUGGGGUGUACAUGAACAAACUUCAAUCAAAAACAAAAACUAAGCAAAGUUCUGUUUUAUAAUAAGAUCAACUGAAGUCUAUAACUAAAGGGGAAAAAAUCUGGACUAUUAUUUUACUCUUACAGGACUGUGAUACUAAAACAAUUGCAUUACAUGUCUACUGUACAUAUUGUUCUAAACCUUCUUAACCCAGUGACUGCCAACAAUUGAUUAGUGAGUAACUUCUCCAAAGAACAUAUAUACAUUAUCUAGCAAGCAUGUAAUGAGAAAAGAGAAAUUAUCACAGUUGAACCUCAAUUAUGUGGACUUGUGGGGACUGGGCUUAAAAGUUGGGAUAAUCAAGAGUCCAGAUAAUCAAAAUAUGAAUAUAAAUGUUCAAACAUAAUGGGAUCAGAUAAGCAAGUCUGAAUAUUUGAAAAAUCCAGGUAAUAGUGGUUCGACUAAUUGAGAUUUGGCUGUAUUUCUUUGGAUCUAACAUCAAAGUCUCCUCUACAGUGCAAAUGAAAUAAAAAUGUUUAAUUGAGUGUCCAAAGUAAAUCAGGAAGUGAUUUGGUUUCUCCACUAUACUCCUGUGAUUGGUCUUAAAAACCUUGAACCAUCCCCUCACCAAUCAACUGCUACUUGGUAACUUGCACUUUCAUGUUCUCCAAGCAGUUUUUUUGUUUUUACUGACUGAACUUUGAUUGCUUUCUUUUCUUGUGGGUUGGUGUUUUCUGUGAUUUUCCCCAAAAGAUUGGGUUGCCCUAGUUGAAUUGACGUGGAUCUGUUUAUUUACAGAUGGUAAGGGUGACUUUAUUUGGAGACAGGUUCAGAGCUCUUCUAAUUUUGCUCAAAGAUAAGGUGGUACAGCACUUUCUUUAAAGAAAUUUUUUUCAAACAUGCAAACUAACUAUCCAAAAUGAAAUAGGUGAAUAUUGGCUAGCAAGCUCAUUUGGUUGCAUUAUUUAAUACCUACUGGCAAGCAUGUUCAACAUUACUUAAGCACUUUAAGUGAUCUUAAAUGGAUGUGGGGUGAUAUUACAACAUGAAUCUACCUUCAAGGUGCAUGCAAGUACAGAAUGUACCUGUUUGAUCCAUCCAUAGUCUCUGAAGCCUUUCUGCUUUACUUUUAGAAACCCCAUUUGACAUAGUGAAACAGUGAUGGCAGUGGAAGGAGCAGCAAAGAUCAUCAAAGUCUUGUUAUUUGUCUUCAACUUCAUAUUCUUUGUAAGGACAAACCAACUGAGGCCUUGAUCUAAUGAAUUUCUUUUUAUUCCACGCUUUCAACGAUCUGUAGCAUCAUCAGGGAAUGUGAUGAUGCUGGAGAUCAGCAAAAUCUUAGAAUUAGAAAGAAAUACAGUCGCUCAAGACCUCAUUUAAAUCAUCCAUUUAAUCAACAGGCUACUAUAGGAUUCCUUCAAAUGUUUGUGAUGGUGUUUUUCAUAAACUAAACAAACCACUUAAUACAGGAUGAACAAUCAAUUUCAAAUCACAUGUAAUUUUAAAGUUGAUGUUUUUCUUAGCUGGGAGGUAUUGGCUUGCUUGGAGUGGGAAUCUAUGUUCAGCUAAAGAUUGGAGAUUAUGUGGCACUUUCCUCUGUGAAAUAUGUUACAGGAUCCAUCAUCAUCAUUGCUGUUGGUGCAAUUAUUGCUGUGAUUGCAUUCUUUGGCUGUUGUGGGUCUAUCAAGGAAAGCAGGUGUCUUCUUGGAACAGUGAGUUGAAAUUGUAAAAUUGUCUCUGAAUUUUCUCAUAGCAACUGGCAUUCAUGGUUCCAUUCUUUGAACCAUGGUAGGGUAUCAUGUUGAAGGAAUAAUAUUGCAGUUUUGAAUAAUGAGGAAUAACUUUUUUUUCCUGCGUAGUUUUUUGCCUUGAUGUUGUUGGUCUUUGGCUUGGAAGUUGCAGGGACAUCAUUGGGUUUUGUGUACCGAGAUCAGGUAUUUUUGAUAUUUUAUAAAUCUAACUAAAGAUUGGUUAAAUAUUGUUUCACAUAGCACAAAUAAUAGUUUGUAAAAGCAAAUUGCUCAUCAAACUUGAAAGAGAGUUUAGGGAAAACUGUGUGAGUGAUAUGGAUGUUUAAUUACAGUGUAGUUAAUCAAUAAUUACAAUGUAUGGGUUUUUAUGUUUGAAUUAAUAAAGUCUGAUUUUCAACAGCUUAUCUCAAGCUCACUUUGUUGGACAUCUACAAAUGAAAUCAGAAUUGGUGGGGGUUCAAAUCCUCAUUUCCAACAUUUAUGGGAAAGGAAAUGAUUAAUAAAUUAAAUUCUUAAUUUUACAGUUGAAAGAUGAGUUAAAGAAGGAUCUGAAUCAGACACUGUAUCAGUAUGGCUCUGGUGACAAAAAAGGAGUUACAAAGGCUUAUGAUCUUCUGCAGGAAAAGGUGUGUUAAACUUAUCAGCAUCUCAUUAAGGUUAAGGUGAAAGGUUAGGACCCUAGUGGUCCAUAACUGCCAGAAUUUGCCCCUUUUACUCAGCAUGAAGUGACCUAACUCCCUCCAAGAUAGAAUGCUAGUUCCUUUUAGCUAAAACUCUUUCCAGCUUUGUCUCCAUUUUCUGUUAAGAUUAUAUGGUAACUACUUAUACUCCUGGGUGGAGGGACACACUGUGGGGUAGUGUUUUGCAUAAGAACGCAGCAGAAAACACAAUUAGCCAUCCAAGACUCAACUAAACCCAUAUGGAUUUGGAGUUCAGCAUGUUCACUAAGCGACCCUUUACUUUCACAUUGCUGUCAUGGUCAUUGAUCUUAAGCUACAAUAUCCGAAGGAUGGUUUGAGGGUAGAUGAUUUUACACCAAAAAAUCUUGAAAUUCAUGUGAUAAGCUCAAAUAGAUGUUGUUGAACAUUUAUUUGUCAAGAGCAAUUCGAUAACUCCCCUUGCAAAUUGUGAUGGUAAUUCUUUCUUUUUUUCAAGUUUGUAUGGGGCCAUGUUGAGGACUAACAGUAGAUUGAGCAAAUCCAAUGCAAUGAUUUUGUGAUAUCUAGGAAAAAGAUGAAAAUUUCUUAUCUCUCACCCUAAAGAUUGACACAGUUGUGUUGUGAAUGCAGGAGAAAUGCUGUGGCGUGUAUGGAUACAAGGAUUGGCAGAAAACACCUUUCACAAAUGGGAACCACAGUAUAGUUCCUGAUAGCUGUUGCAAAGAAGUCAAACAAGGAUGUGGAGACAUAUCAGCUGGCACAGAAAACAUUAACAUAGGGGUAACUGCAUUUUACUUUUUAUUACUAAUAUUUAGUUCAUGGCCACUUGAGGUUGCAAAAAUAGAGGAAACAAGUUAAUAAGACAGAAAUUUUACAAAACCAGAAAGUAAAUCAUCAUGAAAGGAACUUUCUAUUUUGUAGAUACUUUCCAAAAUCUUAUCUGUAUGUGAUCUGCUAUUUAUGGUAGCCACUGAAAAUAUAACUGAAGUGAUUUCCUGUUAUUCAGGGUUGUUAUGACAAGACACUUGACUUACUCAGAGGAAACCUGCUUAUAAUCUUUGGAGUAGGUGUUGCAGUGGCUGUCAUUCAGGUAAACUGGUUGUAUGCUCUCUUUUUUUUUUUUGCGAGGUAACUAAGAAUCCAAAUAUAACAGCUGGCAAAGAAGAUGGCAACUCAAAGCAAUCAAAUGGAGAGUUGGUGGAUGAACCUUGUAACACUUGUUUAAUAGAUAAUUCCAAUGAUGUUUCCUCCUCAGAGGGAGGAUGGAAUAUUUUCAGCUUGACCCAUGUAAAUGCUCACAACAGAGUGUUUGUGUGACUAUGAUGAUUGGAACUAAAAUCCAUCCAUUUGUUGGUCUGGUCCAUGUUAUUUUUUGGUGGUAAUCAAUGUUUAAAGAUUUCAUACAAUUUCCCUUUUUGGUUAUUGUCUCUCGCUCAUUCAUAUUUCUUAUCUGUCAUAUUCCUUUCAAGUAGUUAGAGGGAAGGUUAAAUAUCAGAGAAUUAUGAUGAAUGUUAGAUAAUGGAUGGAGCAUCUUCUUAGCACUAAAUUGAUUUUGAAUCUUCUCUUCACAGCUUCUCAGCAUGAUAUUUGCUCUGGUCUUAAUUUGUAAGAUCAGUAACCAAAGUACAUAUGCUUAGCAAAUGAAGCUCUCCAAACUUAUGCACUGCCAUUUUAAAAAAGUUAUGUCAGGCUUUGCAAUGUAAGAAAUGGUACAGGAUGAAACUCAUUCUAUUGGCUAAACAGAGAAGAUGGUGUAAUGUAAUGUUAAUAUAUGUAAUUUUUGUUGUUUUAAAGUGAACACUUAAAAAAAUUGACAGGUUGCUUGCAGUUGAGUUAUGUACUAUCAUUAUCUAGUAUACUCAUAACCAUUACAAUUUCCUCAAAUGCAAUUGGCACAUUAGCUGCUUUAUUUUUCACUAAUCAUUCUGUAGAGCUAUAAUCAGACAGUGUUAUUGGACAGUUGGCCUUAAUUGCACACCUGUAAUCAGACAGUGUUAUUGGACAGUUGGCCUUAAUUGCACACCUGUAAUCAGACAGUUAAAAUAGUCAGUCAUACUAAGUCUUCUCAGCCAAACCCACCAAUCACAGAAUUAAACACUAUAACCAUAGCAACAGCCACUUAUCCUAAAAAGAAAUCAAGUAGUUUCCAAAAUGGAGAAAUUUUUCUCCUUUAGACAUUGUCUCCACUGGAGAUAUUAGAUUUAAAUGUAUUUGUUGUUUUCGGAAAUUGAAACGGCUAUGAUUAGUUGGUAAUAGGACUUCUUGUUGUCCAAUUCUGUCUGUUAUCAUACUCGUGAUUGACAAAUUGGACUCCCGCUUCACGGUCGUCCAAUUUUGUCAAUCACUAAUAUGAUUGCAGAGCGAAUUGGACUCCAUUCAGUCCUAUAUUAUUACUAAUAGCCUACACCUUAACUACAAGAUCUUGGAAAAUUCAAACUUUUAAAUUCGUCCCAAUGCUUUGGUUUACAUUGUUAAAACAAAUGUACUGGUUCAAAUCAGCAGUGCUGAUGAGUGCUGCACUCAUCUGGUUUAUUGAUGCUUAUUAAAUCUCUGCAUGCGCUAAGAUUGGUCAACUUAGUGGGUCAUAUUUCCCUGUACGGCCUGCUAACGUUAAACGUUUGUGUGUAUUGAAACCUUCCCCUUGUAUUUGAAUCCCAAAGAUGUAAUAAACAUCUUACUAACCCCGUUUUCCCAAUUCGUACUGUAAGUUACGGACCAAGAAAUCCAAGAAAAAAAAAACUCAGUCCCUAGCUCAUGGAACGGACCUCAAACUCGGUUACCAAGAGGUAAUUAUUAUAAUCCCAUUGUGUAUUUUAGCACUCGACACGUAACUAUUUACUCAAAUAACGUCUUGUUGUUGGGCCUUAGAAUGAAAGUGACACUAAUGCUCUUCCAGUUACUUGUGUAAGUGUUAACUAGUUAGUUAGGAUAGCUUGCUGAGGUGACUCUUUGCUAUGUUUGGUGUGGGAUUCAGUAAAUACUGCCAUCGUAUUCCGUUUACAGAUACACAAGAAUUGGUACUACAGUUCUUACUCAUUCACGCCCAAGGUGCUUAACCUUAUUUCUCGUUGCUAACCGGCAGCCUUAAAUUUCAUAGUUGGCGAGUCAUCAGAAUUUUGCGUUUAAAAAUCCUGUAGUUGACAUAUUAUUUUAAAAUAAUGUAAUUAACGGUGUAUUAAAAGAGUGAAAAGAAGUUACCUUUCGAUCAUUGCUGGGAGUUUAUGGGUUGUCUGUCUUUUAUCAUGGGGACGAAAUACGUUAGUAAGGCUAAGAUGAUGCUGAAUUUGUCAUGUGACUACUUUCUACACAUUUUUUUUUUAUUUUUUUAAUUUUUUUUUAUUUUAACACUUAAGUUUUUUGUUCCGUUUGCAAUAUCUCGGUCAUUUUCUUGGCAUCGUGUUGUAUGUUCGGUAAUUCCUUGUCCAUCCAUUAUAAUUUACUCACAUGACACUAUCAACAUCGUUUUUGUUGACAGUUUGCAGGGAACGUGUCACUCUUAAACCUUGUGAAUGGUCCAACCCACCAGAUAUUUCUGUAGCUCAGUGGCAGUGAAUUAAAGAUCUGAAUACGUGGGUCGGGAUUCGAUUCCUCAUAGUGACUCGAUUUUUUUUCCUUUUCUCACGCUCGUAGCGAAGCAAAUAACAUUCUUCUUUAUAAUUGUUCCUAGCUCAAAAUUUAAUCAUCUUUCUUACUAUAUUUAUUCACGAGUAACCAUGUGGAAAAGUAAAGAUUAGAAUGAGUACCUAAACAACCUGUUUCAAAAACAGAAUUAAACAGUCAGAGCAGCGACGCCAACGAAGAGGUCGAUUUUAAAAUGAAUGUAUAUUUUGAGUUAGAAUUUUGCGAAUGGCUGGAUGUGUUUACCGUCUCUUACGUAACCACACCUUAACUUCAGCAUAUGGUAUGCGAGGGUCUAACAUAGGUUUGGCGGGAUGUGGGAUACGAGAAAACUUAAGGGCGAGAUGCGGGAUGAAAAUAGGAAGGCGAGACCGGUAUAUGCCCCAUUUCGAAUGCGGGAUAGGGGAUAGGACGGGUAAAGGUGGGAUGGGGAUAAAAGGAGUAUAAGCGGGAUCAUAUUUUAACUCGAGAUUCACAAGACCUUAGAG